GCUCAGUCCUUGAGGAAUGCCAGCCCAGUCUCCCCUCAGUCCUCAGGUCAUGGUCGUAUCCAACAUUACUUACUUCAGCCCCAUGUUCUACCUCACUGGCUUUCCUGGUUUGGAAGCCAUCAAGCACUGGAUUUUCAUCCCCUUUUUCUGUAUGUACUUGGUGGCCAUCUCAGGCAAUUGUUUCAUUCUGAUAAUCAUUAAGACCAACCCUCGCCUGCACACACCCAUGUACUAUCUGCUAUCCCUGCUGGCCCUCACUGACCUGGGACUCUCGGUGUCUACCUUGCCCACCACCGUGGGAAUCUUUUGGUUCAACUAUCACAGCAUCUACUUUGGUGCCUGCCAAAUCCAGAUGUUCUGCAUCCACUCAUUUUCCUUCAUGGAGUCCUCAGUGCUCCUCGUCAUGUCCUUUGACCGCUUUGUGGCCAUAUGCUACCCACUGAGGUACUCAGUCAUCAUCACUGGCCGGCGAGUGAUCAGGGCAGGCUUUUUUGUCAUCCUGCGGGGACCUGUGGCCCUCAUCCCUAUUGUCCUCCUCCUGAAGGUCUUUCCUUACUGUGGCUCUCUCGUCCUCUCCCACUCAUUUUGCCUGCACCAGGAAGUGAUCCACCUGGCCUGUGUAGACACCACCUUCAACAACCUGUAUGGGCUGAUGCUGGUGGUAUUCACUGUGAUGCUGGACCUGGUGCUCAUCGCACUGUCUUAUGGACUCAUCCUGCACACGGUGGCAGGACUAGCCUCCCAAGAGGAGCAGCUCCGAGCUUUCCAAACAUGUACUUCACAUCUCUGUGCUGUACUUGUAUUCUUCGUGCCCAUGAUGGGGCUGUCCCUCGUGCACCGCUUUGGGAAAGAGGCCCCACCUGCUGUCCACCUUCUUAUGGCCAACAUCUACCUCUUUGUGCCUCCCAUGCUCAACCCCAUCAUAUAUAGUAUUAAGACCAAGGAGAUUCGCCGUGUCAUCAGCAAGAUUCUAGGCCUUAGAAAAGCCAAUGCUGAGUCCUGGGGCUAAAUUUCACUGAGCACCCAUAUAGGC